AUGGACCAGCAGUUUGUGUCGCAAAUGGAGCAGUUGCUGAGCGCUGUGAUCCAGCCGAACUCUGCUUCGCUCAAGGAGGCUACCAAGACUUUGCAGACGCAGUUCUACACGCAGCCCACUGCUUUACCAGCAUUGCUAAGCAUCUUGCAAAAUGGCUCGAACGACGGCUUGAAGCAACUUGCCGGUGUCGAAGCCAGAAAACUUGUUGCUACACAGUGGAGCGCUCUAGACGACAGCAUCCGUGGCGAAAUCAAGAGCUCUUUGUUGAACAGUGCUUUCUCCGAGCCAAAGGAGAUUGUGCGUCAUGCCAACGCUCGUGUUAUUGCAGCUAUCGGAAAUGAAGAGCUAGAUGAGAAAAAGUGGCCCGAAUUGGUACCCAGUCUCAUCCAAGCCGCCUCCGGCAGCGACAGCAAAGUCAGCGAAACAGCUGUUUUCAUCUUGCUGUCUUUGCUUGAUAACAUGAACCCAGAGUUGAAUCUGUACAUUGGAGACCUGCUAACUCUUUUCGCCCAUACCAUCGGCGAGUCUUCAACUUUAGAGACUAGAUCUUUAUCUGCUCAAGCUUUGAACCAGGUAUCGAAUUUGAUAGAGGAAGAGGGACAGAUAAAUCCAGAGUAUGCCACUAAAUUCGCUGCUUUGAUCCCUGCUGUGGUUGGCGUCUUAGAGGCCACUAUCAAGGCCGAGGACACGAGCAACACUAAGCUGAUCUUCAACUGUCUGAACGACUUUUUGUUACUCGACUCUCAGUUGACCGGUAACAGCGUCACCGACCUCAUCAAGUUGUCCUUGCAGAUAGCAGUUAACAAGAAUGUUGAGGAAGAAGUCAGAGUCUUCGCCGUCCAGUUCGCCACUUCUGCGCUUUCAUUCAGAAAGUCAAAGAUUAUACAGGCCAAGCUAGGUCAGGAGAUAACGAUGGCAGCCCUCAGAGUCGCUUCCGAAGAUAUCGAUGUUGACGAUGAAUUGAACAAUGAGGACGAAGCUGGCGAAAAUGAAGAGAACACUCCAAGUCUAACUGCUGUCAGACUUUUGGCUUUCGCUUCCUCUGAACUGCCACCUUCUCAGGUUGCUGUGCCAAUCGUGGAGCAUUUGCCUGCUAUGUUGCAAUCCUCGAAUCCAUUCGAGAGAAGAGCAAUUUUGCUGGCAAUUUCCGUGGCAGUUACAGGUUCUCCUGACUACAUUCUUUCUCAGCUUGAGAAAAUCAUUCCUGCGACCAUCACUGGUUUAAAGGAUGAUCAUCCUGUCGUUCAAUUAGCUGCUUUGAAAUGUAUUUCUCAAUUGACCACAGAUCUACAAGAUGAAGUUGCCAAAUUCCACGAAGAAUAUCUACCUCUUAUCAUGGGAACCAUCGACUCUGCUAAGAAUGUCGUCAUUUACAAAUAUGCAACGGUCGCCUUGGAUGGUCUUUUGGAAUUCACCGCUUAUGAAGCCAUCUCCAAGUAUCUGGAACCACUGAUGAACAAGCUUUUCCAUAUGCUUGACACCAACACUUCUUCCAAGUUGAGAGCCGCUAUCGUGUCUGCUAUUGGUUCAACCGCCUUUGCUGCCGGAUCUGCCUUUUUACCAUUUUUCAAGACCUCUGUUCAAUACCUGCAGCAGUUUAUCGAAAACUCCGGCCAAAUUGAAGGUAUGUCCGAUGAUGACAUUGAACUCAGAGCUUUGACCUUCGAGAACAUCUCCACCAUGGGUAGAGCUGUAAGAUCGGAAGCGUUCCAUGAAUUUGCUGAACCUUUGUUGAACUCCGCAUACGAGGCAAUCAAAACCGACUCUGCAAGACUAAGAGAAUCGGGCUACGCCUUCAUUGCUAACAUGGCCAAGGUUUACGGUAAGGACUUUGCACCAUUUUUGACCACCAUUCUUCCAGAAAUUUUUAAGACCCUAGAGCAGCAAGAGUACCAGUUUAACAUAGAUGAGGAUGCUGAUGAUUUGGCUGAACUUGAGGCAGAUGAUCUGCAGCAGAAGUUCACCGUUAACACCGGUAUUUCUUACGAGAAAGAAGUUGCUGCUGCUGCUCUAUCAGAGCUUGCCGCUGCUACCAAAGAAAACUUUUUGGAGUAUGUCGAACAGUCCCUCAAGGUUUUGAAUGAGCAGGUCGAAGAAUCCUACGGUCUUAGAGAGACUGCUCUUCAUACAAUUUGGAAUAUCGCUAAAGCCCUUCUUCAAACUGUCAACGUAAAAGAAGAAGAAUAUCCUGUCGGGGUCCCAUCUGGUUCUUAUGUGGACAGCAACAUUCUUGCUGUCGUUCAAAGCAUUAGAGCUACUUCUUUGGACAAUUUGACCGAAGAAUUCGAAACAUCAAUGGUAAUUACAAUCUUGGAAGAUUUCGCUGAAAUGAUAAGAAAAUUUGGCGCCAUUGUUGUGAUUGACAACGGUGACUCUUCUUCUUUAGAAAGAUUGUGCGUUGAGGUCAUGUCAGUUCUAAAGGGUAGUCAUGCUUGUCAAACCAUUGACUACGAGGAGGAUGUGCCAAAGGACGAAGACAUCGAUGCAUCUGAAACUGAAGCUGCUCUCUUGGAUUGCGCUUUGGAAGUUUUGGUGAGCUUGUCUUACGCAUUGGGUGGCGACUUCCCCAAGGUUUUCGAAAGCUUCAAGCCAGUCGUCUUGAACUUGUUCCAAUCCAAGUCUAAGAACAAGAGGUCAGCUGCUGUUGGUGCAGUUUCGGAGAUUGCCGAAGGUUUGAAAGACGCCAACCCUUUCGUGCAAGACAUGCUUGAGGCUUUGGUCGUUAGAUUGACCUCGGACAAGUACCUCGAAGUCAGAGGAAAUGCUGCUUACGGUGUUGGUUUGCUCUGCAAGUAUGCUCCUUUCGACGUUUCAGCAAUUUACCCACCAGUCUUGAGAGCCAUGUACGAGUUGCUGAGUACCGCAGAUCAGAAGGCUCUCGCUGCAGAAGACGACGAAGCUACUAGAGAGAUUGUUGACAGGGCUUUUGCCAACGCUACCGGCUGUGUUGCCCGCAUGACCCUCAAAAAUGAGUCCCUGGUUCCUCUCGAGCACACCCUGCCUGCACUACUCAACCACUUGCCAUUGAACACCGGCUACGAAGAGUAUGACCCUAUCUUUGAGCUCAUCAUGAGCCUCUACCAAUCCAACAACAACUUGAUCGUUAACGAAACGCCCAAGGUCUUGGAUUUCUUCGAAGCUGUUUUUACUAAAGAAGCUGAGAGAGUUAGACUAGAACAAGAGUCUACACUGGGCAGAGAGGAGAACAUGGACAGAAUGAAGCAAUUCCAGUCUUCUGAAGCACAAACAAAGGUUGUUGACCUUCUCAAAUAUCUCAACACCACUUACAACGGCGCCGUUACUCAAAGACCUGUUCUAGCUCAAGUGAUCGCCUAA